AUGACAUCUUCGACAAGCCCGCUCCCCUCCGCAAUCCCCAAAACCAUCCCUCGACCCAAUGAACCCCAAUCAAGCCAAGGCCGAACAACAUCAGGCGAAAUAUCGCCAAAGCCAGUGCCAGAGCUUCCCAGACCCAAAUUCCGUCUACACAUUAACGAUCUACGCCAUCCGGCUACGCUAUCGUUCAUUUCCCUGGUCCCCGAUGUGGCAUCGACCCUCGAAACCGCGUUGAAUGCCAUUGUACGGCACCUCUAUACACCACCAAACAAGUCGAGCACUAGCCCAGCUAAGCAAUAUCCCAGACCGUCUUUCACACCAUGUAUCCCUCCCACACGCUCCGUGACGGUCCUCCUCCGCGAUAUCGGCGGAGUAGCGUACACCACCGGCAUAGAGCUCGACGAUGACCAUAAGGAAAUCCACUUGUCUCUAUCAUACAUCAAGUCCAGCGCGGAAGAACAUCCAGACCCCACUGCCGAAAUCACCGGCGUCUUGACCCAUGAGCUGGUCCAUUGCUACCAGCAUACCGCGCCGAAGGGAGAUGAGCAUGCCUCCGUGCCUCGUCCCCCGGGUGGUUUGAUUGAAGGUAUUGCCGAUUUUGUUCGUCUGAAGGCGGGCCUCGAGCCUCCGCAUUGGAGGCGACCAGCAUCUGCCAAGGAACGACCGUCGAAGUGGGACGAGGGCUAUCAACACACGGCGUACUUUCUGGCGUGGUUGGAGGAUGUGCGGGUCGGGAAAGGCGCUGUUGGCAUGCUAAACGACCGACUGCUGCGGGUCGGAUAUGUAGGCGAGGAGUCGGAGUCUGGAAAUCAAGACACACAGAGCUUCUGGAGGGGGCUGUUCGGAACGGGUAUUUCGCAGCUUUGGGAAGAAUAUGGCGAAUAUUUGGAUCGCUCUAGGAAUAGUGGUAACUGGGAGGACGAGAUCAUCAAUCCCGAGUAA